GUGGAACUAGGCUUCCUCAUCCCCGCCGACCUGUCCCCAUCCACCAGUAGCAGCAGCGGCAGCAGCGAGUCCUGCACGCUGGUGCUCAACCUCUCCUCGCCCGACGCGCACGUCAGCGGCACGGGCGCGAGUGUCAACGUGUACGCGCUGGACGGGCCGGAGGCCGGGGAGCUGGUCGGCACGACCUGGUUCGGCCCCGGGGCCGUGGCCACGGUGAACAGCUUCGCGUGCCGCGUCGCGCCGGACGAGAUGUGCUUCCGGUUCGAGGUCGCGCCGCCGGAGGAGGCGGAGGAG